GCUUACAACGCGGGCACUACGACCAAACGGACCAAUAUAAUUGCUGUAAAUUGAAACGGUUUUAGAGAAUGACCUAACAAAAUUCCCUGUACGCACCACCGAGGUAUAUAAAAAUACACAUAUGAGCGCAAAAGUUUGAAGAUUGUAGCCAUUCGAAGAAGGAAGUUAGAUACAUUUUACUCCACUAACAAAAUGAGAGAGAUUGUUCAUUUACAAGCAGGGCAGUGCGGUAAUCAAAUUGGCGCAAAGUUCUGGGAGGUGAUUAGUGAUGAGCAUGGCAUUGACCCCACUGGAAGUUACAAUGGGGACAGUGAUCUUCAGCUGGAAAGAAUUAAUGUGUACUACAAUGAAGCUUCAGGUGGAAAGUAUGUGCCACGCGCAGUACUUGUGGACUUGGAGCCUGGGACGAUGGACUCUGUGAGGUCAGGACCAUUCGGUCAAAUCUUCAGGCCUGACAACUUUGUUUUCGGUCAGAGUGGCGCAGGUAACAACUGGGCCAAGGGCCACUACACUGAGGGUGCAGAGCUGGUUGACUCUGUCUUGGAUGUGGUGAGGAAAGAGGCUGAGAGCUGUGACUGCCUGCAGGGCUUCCAGCUCACCCACUCCCUGGGAGGUGGAACCGGCUCUGGCAUGGGCACCCUGCUCAUCAGCAAGAUCCGUGAAGAGUACCCCGACCGCAUCAUGAACACUUUCAGCGUGGUGCCCUCCCCUAAAGUGUCAGACACUGUGGUCGAGCCCUACAAUGCCACCCUAUCAGUCCACCAGCUGGUAGAGAACACAGAUGAGACCUACUGUAUCGACAACGAAGCGCUCUACGACAUCUGCUUCCGUACCCUCAAACUCACCACGCCCACCUACGGAGACCUCAACCACCUGGUGUCUGCGACCAUGAGUGGGGUCACCACCUGUCUCCGCUUCCCCGGCCAGCUCAACGCUGACCUGCGCAAACUGGCAGUCAACAUGGUGCCCUUCCCCCGUCUCCACUUCUUCAUGCCUGGCUUUGCCCCCCUCACCAGCAGGGGCAGCCAGCAGUACAGAGCCCUGACGGUUCCAGAGCUCACUCAGCAGAUGUUUGACUCGAAGAACAUGAUGGCCGCCUGCGACCCUCGUCACGGCCGUUACCUCACCGUGGCUGCAGUCUUCCGUGGGCGCAUGUCCAUGAAAGAGGUGGACGAGCAAAUGCUGAACGUACAGAACAAGAACAGCAGCUACUUCGUUGAAUGGAUCCCCAACAACGUCAAGACUGCAGUCUGUGACAUUCCUCCCCGUGGCCUCAAGAUGGCUGCCACCUUCAUUGGAAACAGUACUGCCAUCCAGGAGCUGUUCAAGCGCAUCUCUGAGCAGUUCACAGCUAUGUUCCGCCGUAAGGCUUUCCUCCAUUGGUACACAGGAGAAGGCAUGGAUGAGAUGGAGUUCACUGAGGCAGAGAGCAACAUGAACGACCUGGUUUCUGAGUAUCAGCAGUACCAAGACGCCACUGCAGAGGAGGAGGGCGAGUUUGAAGAGGAGGGUGAAGAGUUGGCUUAAAUUGUCUGUUUUCUUUCCUUGUGAAACAUCUGACUGGUGUUUGUUUUUCACUUCAUGUUUCCUUAUCUGACAACCUUCAGCUGUACUAUUUCUUUUAUUUUAACUUUUUUUUUUGUUUACUUCAAAUAAGAGACAUGGUUAAACACUUGUUUGUUAUUUAAUACGAUCAUGGGUAAUGUACAGUAAGGGAAGCUAAUGGUGAUUUCUUAUAAAUGUAUACUAUAAUGUUACAGUAAUUUGUGAGGGAGGUAAUGGUGAAAUUUGUUUCCUAUGCAGUUCAGCUAUACUGAACAAAUAUACAUGCAACUAUUUUGAGUUACAGUUCAUAUAAGGAAGUCACUUGAAAUAAAUUCAUUAGGCCCUAAUCUAUGGAUUUCACAGACAGAUGCAUAUCUGCAUUUCCAGCUGUCACAGAUUCCCAAAAAGGGGGUGUUGGCCAGUGUCUGUGACCACCAUUUGCUGCAUGCAACGUGAUACAUAAUUCAGAGUUGAUCAGGCUGUUCCUUGUGGAAUGUUGUCCCACUCAACUUCAAUGGCUUUGUGAAGUUGACGGAUAUUGAUGGGAACUGGAAUGUGGUUGUACAUGUCUAUCCUGAACAUGCUUAAUGGGUGACAUGUCUUAAGUAUGCAGGCCAUGGAAAAACUGGGACAUUUGUAGCAUCCAAGGAUUAGUGAAAUGAUCUUUGACAUGGAGCUGUGCGUUAUUGCGCUGAAACAUACGGUGGCUGCUAUAUGGCACAACAAUAAGCCUCAGUAUCUGCAUUCAAAUUGCCAUCGCUAAAAUGCAAUUGUGUUGUCCGUAGCUUAUGCCUACCCAUAUCAUUGGGCACUGUUCACCACUGCACUUCAACACAACGCCAUACACGUCUGCAGUUGUGAGGCUGGUUGGACGUACUGCCAAAUUCUCUAAAGAUACAUUGAAGGCAACAGAUCUGGACAUUGCUGCAGUCAGCAUGCCAAAUGUAUGCUCCCCGGGGAAGCAGGUAGCCAAGUGGUUAGAGCGUUGGGCCAGUAACCGAAAGGUUGCUGGAUCGAAUCCCUGAGCUGACAAGGUAAAAAUCUGUCUGAGCAAGGCAGAUAACCCACUGUUCCCUGGGUGCCAAAGACUGAUUAUGGCAGCCCCCUGCACUUCUGAUUCAGAGGGGUUGGGUAAAAUGCGGAAGAUGCAUUCAGUUGAACAAUUGACUACCCCUUUCAACUUGAUCUGUGACAAAAUGGCAAAUUUUUUGCGGCCCUUUUUUCCAGCACAAGGUGCACCUGUGUGAUCAUGCUGUUUAAUCAGCUUCUUGAUAUGCCACACCUGUCAGGUGGAUGGAUUAUCUUGGCAAAGAAUAAAUACUCAAUUGCCGGGAUUUAAACAUAUGUGCACAAAAUUUGAGAGAAAUAAGCUUUUUGUGUUUAUGUAAACUAUCCGGAAUGUUUUAUUUCAGUUCAUGAAACAAACACUUAACAUGUUGCAUUUAUAUUUUUGUUAAUUGUAGUUGUACACAAGCCUUUGAACGGUAUUCAUGUUUGUUUUAGAGAAUAUUGUUAUUUGCAAUACAUUUUUUAAAGUUAAAUAUUGGAUCUCAAGGAUUUUGGUUCCUAAAAGGCAAAUAUGUAGCCGAUUCAAAUCUGGUUAGGAAAAUCCCAUACUAAGAGCAUCUGCUAAAUGACUAAUAUCGAGUUUGAGCAUGAAACCUAAAACAAUGGUGCAAAAUUAUUUUAAUUCUAGUGAGGUCAAGGCCCAUGCAAUCUCCUAUUCUUUAUUGCUAAACAUUAUGUAGGUAGGACUACAAUAUAAUACAAAAUGUGAAAUUCCUUUCCUGAAAAGGGGUCAUCGGGCCCAGUUUGUCAGAACAUUCAACCCUGAAAUCUCAUUAAAUUGAGUUCCCCCUUCACUUUAGAUUAUAUUUUGCCCAAAUGUCAUUGGAUCAUAUAAAAUGAUAUUUGUAGCAUAUGAUGUAUGUUAGAGAUUUGGUUCAACUCUCUCUUAACUACAUCCAAAAAUGAGGGACCAAAUCUGAAGAAUGAGCAGCAUUUAACGCUACACAAUUUUGAUCUGGAUUUAAUGUUUUGGAGAAACUGUGUUCUCUUUAACUGUUGGGCUCCCGAGUGUCGCAGCGGUCUAAGGAACUGCAUCUCAGUGCAAGAGGUGUCACUACAGUCGUCCGGGUUUGGCCGGGGUAAGCGAUCAUUGUAAAUAAGAAUUUGACUUCCCUAGUUUAAAAAAGUACAAAUGAACUGUUCAUGUCAUGUGAGAGUAGUCGGUUGUCUUUUCACCCAAAUACCACUAGGUGGCACUAAUUGUUCUUUGCCCAGAAUGCCAGGGACGAGAUGAAUGGCAGAGGCCAGGGUUUAUGAUGAAGCACACCUAUGCGCAAGGCGACGUUAAGGGCGGGCACAAUAGGGCUUGGCCCCACCCUACCGUAUCUCCUUGUCUUUACAAAUAAAUAAAUAAAUCAAAUAUUGACAGAGACGCGCGCCGACAGAAAGACCCAUCAGUCUCAUCUAAAGCAUCGGAGCGAGCGAAACAGCGCCCCUCUGUCUCCGUAGACCAUGUAUCUGAAGCUGUCUGGACAAAAUGAGUAUUGAAUGUCAUACUUUUUCUGAAUUGACAGCUUCAGAUGGUAUUGUACAUUGGCUACAUAUCGGUAAACGGGCGCUGUUUCGCUCGCUUGUUUCAGCAGAGGAGAAUAAGCGAAAGGGCUCACUCUCUCACAAAUAAAAAUGGGCAUAAUAUGUAGACCUAUCUUCUCGCCUGCAUUUUCGCCCUUUACAAUCUAUGACAAUCCCGGCGUUGGGACAAUGACUUGUAUUGUUAGGGCGGGAAAUGAGCAUCUCAUCAUUAUAUAGAGAUUUCUGGUUUCAGCCAUUUGCGAAUUAGAAAGGAAAGUUGGUGGGUGCACAGUGCACUGUUUGGACGCUGGCUUCCCCUACAGUAAAUACAAAAAUCGAAAUACUUUACCAGAGAGCUUGAUUUAGCCACAGAUGACCAUUAGCUUAUUUGUGCGCAAUAGGCCUAGCUGUUUAUUGAGUUGUGUCAGUCAGUGAAAAUCACCUAAAAUGUGGGAAGAUAAUGUCUUUUGAGUAUAAUUUAAAAUGUUGAGAAAAGUAGAAGGGGAAGGGUGUAUGGGUGAAGAUAUGGGCAUCUCUCUCCAGAAUGCCUGCACUCAGCUCUCCAGAAUGUGCUCUGCUGUCUCCCGACAAUUAAUGGACAUUCAUUGUGUGUGUGGUUUGCCCUUUGAUUGUUUAUUUUGAUCAAUUCACCAUUACAUAUGUCACUAGUAGGCCUAGUAAAUGUACCCUUAAUCCACACAAUUUAGUUACAUUUAUUUAUGUGAAUGCAUGAAUUAGAGUCAUUUACCAUUAUCA